AGAUUAUCUUCUUAAGAUUGGUCGUUGAAGAUUCAAAACGUCUGAAGUUAGUGCUAUGAGAUUUAUCAAAUGAAGUUAAGUCACGCAUAACGUUUACCACGAGAUCUAUAAGGUAAAAUAUGAUUCAGUUUUUUGAAGCACAUACUGUCUUUUGUUUUGACCCCCAAACGGAAACUGAGGUAGUUUAGAGGCCUGUACAUGUCAGACACUUUAUUUUCACCAAGGGAAAGUGUAACGCCAGACACCGAGGUGGAUUGAUUGCUGCAAAUUAAAACCAACCUUUUUUAGAAGACUGGGAUGGAAGUAUCAGAUCAUUGAAGUAAUACUAGGCCAUUAUCAUUGAAUAAAAAUAUACGUAAUCUUGGAAAUCCAAGAGGACUCACGACGCUUCACCUUCUGGUUGACAUUAUGGAUCAUCGCUGCGCAAACUUUGCAAUUUGUUGCGGUAGUUUGCUUUUUCUUACAGGAUGUAUCUCCUUGGUUGUUUUGUUGGUAACUAGAGUGCUACCGCUACAUAGAACAUCACACAACUUCGAAGAGAAGAACUGUACAGUAAAAGAUAACAACUUGUCAUGCAAAAGUGGUACAUGCGAAUGCAGUCGUGGAACGAACGAAAAAAUUGUUCUGUGCUUGAAAGUGUACGUAUGUCUUGAAUGUGACAAAGAAGAAGUGGCAAACAAGAGCUGUUGUGGAGGUAGAGAAAAAGGUUAUUUACUUCGAAGGGAUGUGCAUCACCUGAGUGAUGAGGUAAUUAUUACAUCAUUUUAAUACAAUCCUUUUUUCGGGUAUUUCUGUAGACUACGAGUAGUCCCCCAUUUUUCGCCAAGGAUAGUAGAGCGAGCGAAACGCGAGCGCGCGUGAAAUCACCCCACGCGAGAAAAGGCGACACGCAUUUUUCUCUCUCCCCGCCGCGUGUCGCCUUUUCUCGCGUAGUGUGAUUUUCACGCGCGCUCGCGUUUCCCUCGCUCUUAGUCUAGUAUUUCUGAGGGUCAUUUCUUAUUGUCGCGGAAACAGGGAAACCAUUGUUGGUUCGCUUUUGUGUUGUGGUGUGGGUAUCGUUCAUUGUCUUUUCAAUCUUUUGUAUUACGUCAUUUAUUGAUCACUAAGAAACUACCCUUUUUUCUGCGGGCGACCAGAGAAUGUCCUGUGACCAGGCUCCACCGCGGUAAAAAUAUGGUGAAAAACGGAGUGAAACGACAAACAAACAACAAAAAAAAAAUUCGGCGAGCAACGCGAGCCUAGCUGUAGACUGAGGAGGACUAGAGCUCGGCUCGCAUCGCUCGCCGAUUUUUUUCGUCUUUUUCUCAACUGCGGAACCUGGUCCCAGGCUAAUCUCCACGUUGCUAUUACACAUGCGCAGUACGUUUUCCAAAGAGGUUCUUUUUUACCCUGCGCUCACCUAGCACUCAGACAACCCUAUUUCUUUCGCUUCACAUUUGAAGCAAAGGAAAUAAACAGCUUAUAACUGCAGCUGGGCAUUUUUCCUUCUAUUUGUUUUUUUUGUUAUAUUAUUUUUUUUAUCUCUGUUUGUUCUCGCUGCCUGUUUUGACUUGAGUUAUUUGAGUUUGCCAAGGGUAAACUUUUUGUCUAAUAAAUUGUGUGGGUUUCGACAAGAGAGAAUUCUCUCGGCUUUGACAUUGCUUAGGCUUUGCGGCCAGCUAGCGCUAAUCGGUAUGUGAUAUGGGCCCUUUCAUAUAAGUGAACAGGCCCCCGAGGGAACUGUCUUCUGGCUACGAAGUCCUUUAACUUCAACUCCUUACUUUUAGUGCACUUUCAAGAAGGAAAUAAGCAUUUGCGAAGUGGGAUCACCACAAAACCUGACGGAGAGGUACAGCCUUGGAUCUGGAGUCACAACCAUUUGCUACCGCAACCCUCAAGUCCUGGAUGAAGUGAUUUUAGAGCGAAAUCACAGCAGAGGACAAUGUAGAAGAGAUGUGUUGCUAUGUGUGUUAUGGCCAGUUGCUGUGAUCGGUCUUUUCAUUUUGAUCCUCAUUACAGCUUUGAACUUGUGUCCAAGACGAAGGGUUUACAGAAGAAUCCCCUGAUAUGCUUAUCACACACAAGCAAAAUCUGUAGCGACGUUUAUGUAAAAUGGCUGGAUACAGGAUUCCGCAUAGGCUUUUGGAGGCUUUCUUCAGUUCUCCCCAGUCCUUAUUGGUUUUCUCAAGCGCGCUCGUGCCAACUAAAUGAGAGAGCCUGGAACCGGUUAGAUUUAGCACAGUGUCUGCGAGGAGGCGAGGAGCGAGCAACCUCGUCCGCAAGGGUUUCCCUUAAAAAUGGGUGAAAAACCCUGGGGACGAGGUUGGAGGAGCGAGGAGAGACGGCUGUCUCCUCCCCUCGUCUCGCGCUUGUCGCUUUUCGCGCGAAAUGCCGCGUUCGACUCGCUUGGCCCAUAAAGCACCCGUUAUGCAGGCUAGUAUUCGCAGGCUAACACGCACGAGAUAAAGGUUUUCCAGUUAUAAAUCAGUAGUACAUCAUCUUAGCUUUGGGAUAUUCUUUAAUUUUGUCAAAAUUUUAUUUAAUUUAUUAAUAC